AUGCAGAGAAGAAGAGAAAUCAAAAGCCAACAACUCAUCCCACAGCGUCGACUGUAUUUGAGAAGUGAGAUACGAAGCAGAUUAAAGAGAAACCAGAAGAAAACGGAAGAAGAAGACAUUGCAAAGGGACCCAAGAAAUUGGAAGAACAGAGAAAAAAGUUUUUGGAUCGAAGCGAAGCAAUGACGUUCCUCCGUCCUGCCGCCGUUCCAUCUGUUCGACUCAAUAAACUGUCCUCUCAGCCCAAACCAGUGAACAAGAUUUCAUUCAAAGUUUCUGAAAUCUUAAAUGGGAACUCAGAAUAUGAUUUUGAACACCGUUAUGGUGGAGUAUGCCCUAUUCGAGGUUCAUCCAUGUCUCCAACAUUUAAUCCUUCUGUUGGAUCAUUUACAGAUGAUUAUGUUUUCUUGGAGAAAUUUUGCCUUGACAAAUACAAGUUCUCACACGGCGAUGUAGUAAUUUUCAGUGAUCCAACUAAUUACAAGGAGAGAUGUGUGAAAAGAAUAGUAGCAAUGGAAGGUGAUUAUAUCAGUAAUGUGGGUGGUGUUGUGAAGGUUCCAGAAGGACAUUGUUGGGUGGAAGGUGACAACUCAGCUUCUAGCUUUGAUUCAAGAUCAUUUGGCCCUAUUCCAUUGGGUUUGAUUCAUGGAAGGGUUACUCACAUUGUUUGGCCACCACAAAGAAUCAGAAAAAUUGAUAGAAGAAUCCCACAAGAGGGACUUGCAUAGAAAAAUUCAUUCAAUGCAUUGUUUGUUAUUUAUGUACUCAUCAAAUGCAUAGAAAAAUCAGUCUUGAAAGAAAUCAAAUUCUUCUAGUUUUAAUUCGGAUAUCUGAAUUUGGUGGAUCUCAAAUGUUUUUUUUUUAAUCCCAGACCUGACAUGACAUAACACAUGACAUAACAGAUACAGAUUCCAUAACAACAGUUCAUUGUUAUGGACAGUACGAUUGAAAUUGAUGUUAAUAGGACAAAAGUUACAAAUGAAACUAAUGAACUAUAUCAAGACAUGCUAAAUUUGGUUUUGUUUUAGGUUUGUUGAUUUUCCAAAGUUUGAUCAUAUGCUCUCUGCUUUUUGAAAGUUGGUUUUGGUUUGUAUCAACUUUGUAAACUUGAAUUCUUGAAAAGGGAC